GAAGUAUCAGCUCAUUCAAUGUUCUCCAGUCAAGUUUACCGGUUCGAGUGUAUGACAAACUCAAUUUUUUAUCAUGAAGUCAACAGAUCCAGAAGAGAUUUUCGAUAAAGAAAGUCCAGAUGACAACAGAGAAACAAAGAAACUCCCUUAUCCCAAGUCAGUAUUUUUCAUCGUCAGCAAUGAAUUUUGUGAACGAUUCAGUUACUAUGGAAUGCGAACCAUCCUGGUCAUCUACCUCACCAACAUCCUCCUCUACUCCGAGGCGGACGCCAAGAUCGUCUAUCACACCUUCACGAUGUUCGUCUAUUUCUUUCCCGUCCUUGGGGCCAUCCUCUCCGACAGCUACCUGGGCAAGUUCAACACCAUCCUCUACGUGUCCAUGAUAUAUGCGGCCGGCAGCAUCCUCUUGGCACUCGCCUCCGCCGAGCCAGUCGGGUUGCCCCAGAACGAGUUCUCCAUCGUGGGCCUGCUGCUCAUAGCCAUCGGUACUGGUGGUAUCAAACCUUGCGUCUCAGCAUUCGGUGGCGAUCAGUUCAUCUUACCACAGCAAGAAAUGCAGCUGGCGUUAUUUUUCUCGUUGUUCUACUUUUCGAUCAACGCUGGAAGUUUGAUUUCAACUUUCCUAACGCCCGUUUUGAGGAACGACGUCCAUUGUUUUGGACAGGACAGUUGUUUUCCUCUCGCUUUCGCAGUGCCCGGAGUACUCAUGAUCAUGUCUAUUGUAAUAUUUGCUUGUGGAAAGCCAAUAUACAAGGUGAAGAGGCCUGAGGGAAACGUAGUGGUUAAAGUCGCCAAAUGUAUCACAUACGCAGUGAGAAACAAGAUAAGUUCCAAUGAGAAGAAAGACCACUGGAUGGACUACGCCGAAGACAAAUACGGCGUCAAACUGGUUGAUGACAUCAAGGCCACCCUUCACGUCCUCGUGCUGUAUCUGCCUCUCCCUAUAUUCUGGGCCCUAUAUGACCAACAGGGCUCAGGAUGGACCUUCCAAGCCGUCAGGAUGAACGGCGAUAUAGGGUUUUAUACCAUCUUACCCGACCAGGUGCAAGUGGUCAACCCCCUGCUCAUCUUGGCCUUCAUCCCCUUGUUCACCUAUUCCAUUUACCCCAUGCUGGCCAGAUGUGGCCUCCUCAAAACGUCCCUCCAAAGGAUGACUUGCGGCGGCUUCCUGGCCGCAGUUGCUUUCGCUGUGUCGGCAGUGGUUUCUAUAGCUUUGGAGAGCACAUACCCGGUGCUACCGUCUCCUGGCAACAUCCAGCUACGAAUCUAUAACCCUUCUGCUUGUGAUCUCAGCGUUGAUGCUCCGGAACUCAAUCUAAGCAUCAGCAAAGUAGCCCCUCUCGGAUAUUACGAGAAUAAAUAUAUCGAUUUCCAAGGAUCCAAGAACGUUAGCUUCCUUCUGAAAUCGGACUGCCUGACUCUGGCCAAGGAGAUGGAGGUUCCUUUAGAAGAACAGAAUGCAUUUGGGAUCUCCUUCACUAAGGACGGGCAUUUUUGGUACAAGGAUUCUGUGGCGAAGAGUGAAGAUGGUUAUCCAAAAGUGAGAACCUUGGAUUACAUGAAUAGAGCGAUAACUUACAAAAUGGAUUCGAAUUCUCUCACUGUGGAUGCGGGAAAUCAUUCAUUGAAGUCUGUUCCAAGGCCAGGGACGUAUACCAUAGAAAAAUCGGAUGAUACUUCGCUGAUGGUGGACUUGAAGCUUGGAGGAACGUACACUGUCAUGAUAAACGACGACAGCACAGCUCGAAUAAGUUCGAUAACUAUCACUGAACCAAACAGUGUUCAUAUCCUAUGGCUGCUUCCCCAAUAUUUCAUCAUAACAGCUGCUGAAAUCAUGUUUUCAAUAACAGGAUUGGAGUUUUCUUAUUCCCAAGCACCUUCUACAAUGAAAUCAUUGUUGCAAGCUUGUUUCCUGCUAACUACAGCCUUCGGAAAUUUAAUUAUUGUUAUUAUUGAGUCUGCGAAGAUUUUCGAAAAACAGUCAAACGAUUUCUUCCUUUACACCGGCCUGAUGGUAGCGGAUAUGCUCAUAUUCACAUACAUGGCGAUGAAAUAUAAAUACGUCACACUGAAUAAUAUGCAAACGACAUUUUAAUUUAUUUCAUAUAGGGUAGGAAGCUAAAGUUUGACAGGUUGUAUACUGAUACUGAUGAUAUGACAUAUUUGUAGGUAGUUGUAUAUAUAGGUAUCCACGAUCCACUUAUAUGAGAGUGAGACAUGUUUUAAUUAUCGCAAUUUUCAAGUAUCUAUAUAUAGGUAUUGAAUAUUCCAACUGAAAUAAUAUGCCUGAAUUUGACUGAGGUCAUUAUAUAUAGUCUAUAACAAAUAAGUGAAAACAUAUCCUAAUCAUGUAUAUCAGGUACCCAUGUUGAAUAAGGAUAAAUAGGUAGGUAUAUAAGGGACGACCAAACUAGAAUAUUUGUGGUGCAUAUAGUUGGUCCAGAGUCGUCCAUUGGAUUGAUCACUUAAUUACCAACUUGAUUUUCUCAUUGUAUAUAACAUAUGUAAGAGUAGAAAUAGGUAGGUAAUGAAUUUUAAACAGAAAAUUUUGAAAAAUAUUCCAACAUUAUAAUAUAUAGGGAUAGGUACCAUACUUUUGUGAUAAAAUUCAUUCAUUAGGUAUUAUAUCUAUGUUAUAAAUGCCAAUAGCCAUUAUUAUAAUGAUAAAAUCAU